UGCUCUUUUCGCUGUGGUUCUCCAGCGCGGUCGAAGGCUUCUCAAUUCUUCGUGUUUUUUCCACUGCGACUCAAGACGCAGCUCCUUCGCCGUCGCCCUCCUCUUCCUUCUUGAUCCGAACUUGCGCUUUUUCCCAUGGAUGAGCCAGGGUACGGGGGCGGGACUGGGGGGAAGAUGAGGCGGAAGCCGCUCCGGAGGGGCGCGAUAACGCCGUAUGACCGGCCCCCUGCCUCAGGCCGCGGCGUCAAGGACCCGCCGCUGGAGACGGAGGAAAGAAGCUGGCUUGGGAAGUUCGUCGUUCCGGCAUCGUGGUUUAUCGCCAACGGCGCGUCCAGGCUGUUAUCGUCGGUGUUCCGCAAGCGGCCUCCUGCGUCCCCGAUCCAGGGAUUUCCGGUUCUAGGUCGGAGACCCGAAUCUUUCUUCUUGGAUUUUUACCAGGAUGAAACCUCUUUGUCUCAGUCCACACAAGAGGUUAUUGGAACAAUUUCUGAUGAUAUCUCAGCUGAACUACCAGAAAAUAAAACCAACAACCAAAAUGUUGCAGCAAAUAAUCCCGAGGACUAUGCAGUUUUGGAGUUUGAGCAACUUAUUGGCCAGAAAAGUUUCACAAGAGCCCAAUAUGAGCAUUUGAUGGGUAUUCUGCAGUCAAGAAUUAUUAAUUCAGAUACUGAAAGAUCUGAAGCAAAUGAUGCAAAAAAUGUAGUUGUUCCUUUGCCAGCAACAACAGAUUGCUCACGUCCACACAAGGAUCCUGUUCCUGAUGGUCAUACUGUUUCACCAGUGGAACUUGCAAAAGAAUAUAUGAACUCCAAGGUUUCAAAUGCUUCCCCUUUUCAUUUAAAUUGGCAGAAGCAACUGCUUCACGAGAAUAAACAGGGGCAAAGUCAUAUAACUUCUGCCAAAAAAUUUGACGUUAGCAGUUCAAAACCUCUCAUUCUCUCUCAUAUAUCAGCUGAGAUUCCUGACAAUAGCUAUUAUACUCCAAUAUCUGCUCAAAGAUCUGCAAUGCAUAAAAUGCCAAAGUCUCCUUCUGUUAAGGGUGAGGGAUCUUCCAAAGAUGGUUAUUCUGGAUCCUUGUCUCUUGAGACAUCAGUCACCAAACAAGCAGUGGGGCAGGGGCAGGUAAUGUACUGAUCUUAAUUUGUCACUUAUUUUUUUGUCUUCUUGUGACAUUGUGUGUUGUUGU